AAAGCCGCUGUUCGUGUCGCACCGCCUUCAUGUAGCAUUGGCUCCGGGAAAGACCUCAACCGCUCCUCAACCGCCGCAGCAUCCGAAAAACAAAUCUCGAACCAGGAACGAGUGCGAAGAUACACAUAACACUUGUAGAACGCCCACGCGGAGUAGAAGAAGAGUCGCAGAUUUCCGCCAAGACGUGUCACUAACAAAGGAAUUGAGCAGGGGUACGAAAAUACGACAUCGAAAUGGCCCAAACCAGCGGGAACUUAUCCGGAAACAUGCAGCCCCCACCGCCCUCGGGAGGCAGAUUCUCCGUGGACCUUCAAAGCCUGCCCAGCCUGUCCAACCUGCCAUCGCCGCUGCAGGUCUUCCAAAUGGUGCGAAACUCCCUGCGGCCCUGGAUAGUCUUCUUCAACAUUAACAACUUCAAAACGGCCGUCAGCAUGCAGCGCCUGAACAGCCGUGUUGUUAGGAAUCUCUCCUACUUCCAGGCCAACUACGUCUUCAUCUUCUUCGUACUGAUGAUCUACUGCCUCAUCACGGCGCCCUGCAUCCUGCUGGUCAUCCUGGCCGCCGCCUUUGGUUGCCACAAGCUGCGCGUGCGCAACAGCAACAUCACCGUGGUGGGUCACCAGCUGACGCCCAACCAGCAGAUCAUCGCCCUUAAUCUGGCCACCGCGCCUGUUCUUUUCCUGGUGGGCGCGGGAGCGGUUCUCUUCUGGACGCUGGGCGCCUCUUGCUUUGUAAUCGCCAUGCAUGCGAUCUUCUACAACAUCGAUGCUAUCGUGACGGAGGAGAACGAGGGAUUCCUCGCCCAGGUUGUCUGACCGCCAGCCAGGAGCUGAAGCCUAGGCCUUCUGGGAUCAGGACAACCCGCGACGAGGUCGAGGAGCUGACAUAUUAGCCACUAUGGGGCCUUAUUAGUCGAUACAGUAUGCAAUAUAUCAUAUUUAUAAAGAAUUCGAGUUAAGUUUUAGCCGCAGACAUUGAAUAAACAAAAUACACAAGA